AUGUCAUUAUGUCCAACUUGGUCCACGAACACCAAGGAGCAAUCGCCAUGUGAAAUAGUGGCAGUGGUGUACAGUUCGUGUUCGAAUGCUACGACGAAUAAUACCAUCCCCCCUUCCUCUUCCGAUUAUUCCUUCGUUCCUGUUAGCUCAAAUGCGACUUUAUGCACUUGUUCCUGGGCAAGCUACAACUUGAUAAGUGCCUGUACGUUUUGUGCCACGGGAUCGCCCUCCUUAGUGAGCUGGGAUACAUGGAUAACGAAUUGUAAUGGCAACACGUCAACAACAACAUACUUUCCUUGGGAUGAGGGAAUAAGACUCCCUUCUAACGCGUCAAUAAUACCUUAUUAUGCGAGCUACAAUCCUAGUUACUACUCCAACGGGACAUUUGUCGUGACCACUGCCUCAGAUAAUAGCGCUACGGGAAUAGGCAACUUGAAUGGAUCACCCAUUAGCAGUCCUUCCUCUUCGAGCUCACCAUCCAGUUCUUCGUCUUCAGCAACUCCUAUUGGUUCGAUUGUUGGAGGUGUUGUCGGGGGAACGGUUCUGCUGCUUCUGUUAUGCGGCUUUUUCUUCUUCAUUAUUUGUCGGAAGCGCAGAAGAGCAGCGCAAUUUCCGCACAAAAUGACACUGCCCACAAUGAAUGGUUCGCACUUCGCUGUGGCGACCAAAGACUCGACGAUUCACACUCCCCUUGCACCAUCAGGAUACCCUCAAACGUCAGCUGCGAUGUCUACCUCUUCUUAUGCUAUUCAAUCCAAUAAUAUUCCCAACGGUCCUUCAGUAACAAGUCUCCAUUCGCUCCACAUCGCUUCACCCACCUCUACUGUUCGUCCCAUGCCUGUCUCGCCUUUGGCGCCCCCUAUCACCCCUGUGUUGUCACCCGUUGGCGAUGCAGCUGAUGUAAUCACACCAUUCCUUGCCACCCAACCAUCACGACCAAGCACCCCAGACAGAAAGAACGCCGAAAGUUACGGUGAACCUGCACAAGAGCGUGCCAUGUCACCGCAAUCUCAAAGAUCACGCAUGAACCCACCCCCUUAUACCCCAUCAUCCCCCACGUCCUCAAGACAUUCCCGCACUGGGUCCAACUCUUCCAGGAGGCUCUCUGUCAUGAGGCACUUCAGGCGGGAAGGCGGCCCAGGGGACACGAGCAUCCAGUCAGCCAUGGGCCAGAGGAGGACGCACGCCCCGAGAAUGCACUCUUCAACGAGUGCUGAGAGCGCCAGAAGUGACUCAACCGCCGCAAGUGCGAGUGACAACGGGCGGAACGUAAGGAGUACACUUGAACGCACUACAACGACAGCUGCUUCAAGUUCACGUCGGCCUGUUGUGUAG